AUGGACGCCCAGCAGGCUGCUCUCAACAACAUGCUCGCCGGCACGAUAGAAGUCCUCGAACGCCAAGUCGACCAGACGCUAGUGGAGCUGGAGAAAGUGAGCAAGGACGAGGACGAACUGGCCGCUCUACGCCGGCGACGAAUUGCUGAAAUGAAGAAGACGCAGACGGAGAAGCAGGAGAAGAUCGAACGUGGCCACGGCGACCUGAAGAACGUCAACGAUGUCAAGGAGUUCUUUGCCAACUGCAAGAAGACCGACACGGUCGUGUGCCUGCUGACGGGGCAGAAUACCGAAUCCGUGCAGCUGCUACGACUCAAGCUCACAAAACUCGCCAAGAUCUACUUUACGACGCUCUUCGUGGAGGCGUCGUCGGAAAGGGUUCCCUACCUUUUCGAGAACAUGCAGUUCAAUCGGAGCCGCCUGCCCUCGAUCGCCGUCAUCAAACGAAACAUUUGCGUGGGCUAUUUGUAUGAAGUGGCGGGCAACGAAUUGAAUGUGCUCGAAAAGCGGCUGAGCGAGAACGGAGCCCUCGACCCGCAGGAUAAAGAACAGAGCGAACAACGCGCACGACCAGCAAAACCGCAGCCCACCAAGACGAUUCGCGGCCGAAACUACGACGAUUCCGAUGAUGAUUAU